AUCACCAUGCAAAGAUUUUCACAACCGUCCAAAUUCAAACCCUCAAAUCUCAUCCAUCUCCUCUCAUUUGUUUUUUUUUAAACACUUUCCCCUUUCUCAUGUGCAUCUCAUGGUUUAUUGCUGCAUAAAACCAUUAUAGGAUCAUUUGGGGCAUUCCUACACCAACCAAGCAGCUUGCGGGCUUUGAUAUCUCAGGAGCGGUGGGAGUCCUUUUCCCUUCUCUCCCAACCAUUUGUUGGGCUCACCCGAUCCGAAGGGAAGAGAUGCAGCGGUGACUGGUGAUGAGUCUCUUGGUCGCGAUUAAGCACGAGGAGAACGAAGCGUCCGCCAAAAAGAGUAAAAUAGGCGCCAAAACACCCCCCUUCCUCGGCGGUCACCGGAACCCGAACGAGCGACAUACUUGCCUUCCCUCUCGACUGCGGUAUCCCGCCUUCCUCCCUCCGUCUUAUAGCCCCGCGGAACACCGGACUCCGAUGGCCGGCCUAUCCUUUUAUCUUGACGGUGUCCCUCUGGAUUCCCCCCUCUUGAGCCCCUGCAACGGCCUUUCUCUCUCGCCCGCCUUCGCCGACCCCGAGACCGAGCUCCGGCGGCACUUCGACCAGAUCUCCGCCACUCUCGCCGUAGAUUCCUCGCCGGAGAGCCCAGGGUUCGAAUCGCUCCGCUCCGAUCUCGUCGAGCGCUGGGUCCAGAGGUUCUUGGGCGGGGGCGGUGAAGGGAGUCCGUGCGAUCGGAGGUUUUCUUUGUGCCCGGGUCUGAGGAGGAGGAUCGAAGCGCUUAUCCGCGAGCUUGUGAGCGAGAGAAUGGACAGGUUGAAGGAGGCGGGGACUCUGGGUUCUUCGCCGGGGUCGCCGGGUUCCAAGAAGAGGAAGAGGGACUUCGAGAACAUGCUGAUGCUGGUGAGAACCUGCGCCGCCAACCCCUUCUGUGGAAUGACUGGAGGCGGCGGCGGUGGAGGAGGAGGAGGGGAAUGGCUGCAGAAGGUGCUGAUCGCGCGGCGUACUAUGUACCUGAGCUCGGCCGGGUUCGCUAAUGUCGAGGACUUUCCUUCGUAUCCUGAGUCUUCAGAACAAGCACGGAAGAGACGGAAAGCGGCCGUAAUUCAGCCACAACGGAGAUCUCCAAGAAUAGCUCAAAAGCUGAAAGUAAAUGCACGCCAUCUUGUUGCCCUCAAGAAGCGAAUUGGAGUUGGUGCCUCCUUUCAGGCUGAUGUUCUAGAGUGGACAGGCCUACCCAGUGUGAAAGAUUUUUCUGAGGACAACGAAGAUUUGGAUGAUUCAAGGUGGUUGGGUACCAGAGUCUGGCCAUUAGAAAGUGAUGAUAGAAGAACAAGUGAGGUGACGAUUGGGAAAGGCAGGCCAGACUCAUGUGCUUGUGCCUCUCCAGGAUCUAUAGCCUGCAUUAGGUCUCAUGUAAGUUCUGCAAGACUUCAACUCCAGUCUGACUUGGGUCAAGCUUUCUUCAGUUGGGAAUUUGAUGGAAUGGGUGAAGACGUUUCCAAGUUGUGGACACAUGGGGAGCAGAUGUCGAUUGACCCUCUUGAAAGACUGAAUCCUGAGUCAUAUUGCAUGACUUUCUGGAAACUCGCCGAGAAAUGUUUCACGUCCAAGAGCAGACAAGAUUUGGUGAGGUAUUACUUCAAUGUCUUUAUUCCAAGACGGAUGAGCUACCAGAGCAGCUUGCCAUCUGCAGAGGUCAACUCUGAGGAAGAUGACGAUGAUGGCAAUAACAAUGAUGCCAACAAAAAUGCUGAUGACAAUGAUGACAAGAAGGGCAAAGCUCUUCAGGCCUCACCCUCCAGGUCUUCUCGAAGGUCUAAAAAUUCAAAGAAGAAACGUUGAAGGCAUAUUGUCCGCCAUAUGGGCAUGCUGUAGUGGUGCUUCAGCAUGUAGGCUACUCUGAAAUCAGACAUUCUUUGUGUUUCUUGGCUUGGCGAUUAAGAGAUUCCAGAUGGGUCCAAUUUUGCUCAUUUUUGAAGGUUCAUAGCCGGUAAGGUUCAAACAAAGAGCUACUUAGGUAGAUGAUCCUCAACAGUUAAAACAGAUUGGGAAAAACUGAUGGGAACCUUGUUGAGUCGGUAACUGUCUGGGGAUAUUUUUAAUAAUUUGAUUUUUUCAAAUGCACAGCAUAACUGUAAAAAGAGGUAUCACACACUGUGUUUCACAAUUUUGGA